GCUCGGUCCACUCCGAAAAGGCAAUGCAGAGAGAAGCACGUCUUGGUCAAGUGGCACCCAGGUCAGACCUAGGCGUGCCCUCUCAGAUGAUUCCAUGACUGUGGCAGAGCUUGCGGAAAGGCUGCGGGGAAAAGGACUGCAGACUGAUGACAGGACGGAUGUACAAGCCGGCCACAUGCUAGCGGACUUGAUUGAGCACCUUGCUGCAAACAAGAACAAGGCGGAACAGGAAGCAGAAUCCCUUUUUGCAGAACUGCUUGCUUUGGAUGAUGCUGCAAGCAAGGACGAUUACUUCGAUCCUGCUUCUGGUGCAUGGGAUGUGGACGGUUUGAAGGAUGACCUGCGCUUAGCGAAGGCUGCUGCUGCUGCCCCACCAGUGCAACCGGCACAACCAGUGCAAGCUGCAACACCUGCGCAACCAGCGGCCGCAGCACGACAGGUUGGUGAGGGAGAAUCCCUUUUUGCAGAGCUGCUUGCUUUGGAUGAUGCUGCAAGCAAGGACGAUUACUUCGAUCCUGCUUCUGGUGCAUGGGACGUGGACGGUUUAAAGGAUGACCUGCGCUUAGCGAAGGCGGCAAAGGCCUCGUCUUCAAGACCCCCACAAGCUGCACAAGCUGCGCAAGCUGCACCAACCGAAGCAGAAGUCCUUUUUGCCGAGCUUCAUGCUGUUGAUGGCUUAGUCUCCAAGGAGGAUUACUACAAUAGCGCUACUGGCGCAUGGGACGUCGAAGGACUUCAAGAUGAUUUGAAGCUAGCUCAGGCUUCGGUCAGCAAUUUUCAAGAUGGCUCCGGGCUCCUUGCAGAGCUGCGAGUUUUUGAUGACUCUUUGAACAAGGAGGAUUACUUCGAUGAAGCUUCGGGCACGUGGGACAUGGACGGGCUGCAAGAUGAUUUGCGCUUGGCAAAGGAACGAGCGCGAGAGAAGUUGGAGGCCGUACAUCCAAAUGGUGUAAAUGGCCAGGCAGAAAAUGGGGAGCUCCUGUUCCAACAACUGCGGAACUUAUCCCCAAAGGCCCUCCAGGAGGACUACAUGGUGGAUGGGACAUGGGAUUUGGAAGCUUUGAAGGUGGACUUUGAACUCGUCUCCAGAAUGAACCCCGAAGAACUUCUCCGAGAGUUGCAGAGAUUCAGUCCUGGAGCUGUCAAGGAGGACUACUUCGAUGAGGCCACGUUGGAAUGGGACAUGGAAGGACUGCAAGAAGAUUUGCAACUUUCACGUGCGCAACACCCGCAAUCAGUCUUUGGCUGA